UGGACGUUGCGUUGUUAUCCCAUUCAUUAUAAAUGAGAUGCUUAAACACAACACCUAUUAAUGUGCUGCAUAACACAAUGGAAAGCUUAUACAUCAUUAGAAGCAGGGGCAGACUGACAACUCAUGGGGCCCCCGGGCAAUUGGGGAUCAUGGGGCCCCUGUGCCCUUGCCCACACUUAAACCACCAAAAAAGCCUAUGAAAAGGUACCAGGGGCAUCUCAUGGGGCCCCCUACUGACCCAGGGCCCUCGGGCAGUGCCCGAGUUCCCAAAUGGUCAGUCCGCCCCUGAUUAGAAGCUUAUGCCACACAUCACUCAUUCUUCUAACAACCUGAAGACCAAGCCUUUUCUGACACUUUCAGUAUUUUUUUUGCUAGGAAAUUACUUUGAACACCCAAACAUUAUAUAUUUUUUUA